GACACACCUUCCAGAGACCAGUGGCAGGAGCAGCAUUGGAGGAUGAAGGAGUUGGAGGCGGACAGAGAUGCAGCUCUCUUCUGCACAGACAACCAGUGUGUCUCCCUGCAUCUCCGAGGGAUGGACCUCGAACCAGUGGCUUUUGGGGCUCCCAGGAUGCAGAGGCAUGUUAGGGCUGCCCUGGUGUUGAUGGCUGUGACUGUGGUAUUCUCUCUCCUGGCUCUCUUUGUGGUGGCUCUGCAACCUUGCAGACCCUUGAUGAAUGAAGAUCCUUCCUUGUGGGGAGACAAGUUGCUUGUGGGAGACAACUCUACUGGACAGUUCUCUAUGGAGCCCAACAAUCACCCCAACUUUGGCAGGGCUGCAGAGGUGGGAGAGGCUACUCAGAGCUUUAGGGACCUCAAGGAGAAUUCCAGCACCUGGCACAUGGAGCUCCAGAUGCUGAAGUGCAGAGUGGACAAUGUCAGUUCUCAGAUCCAGAUGCUCGGGGACCAUCUGGAGGAUGCUAGCACUAGCAUCCAGUGGGCAAAGGGCGAGUUGAAGGAUGCCAGUGCCUUGCAUUCACAGACCCAGGUGCUGAGGAGUUCCUUGGAGGUGGUCAGCACCGAGAUCCAGAGGCUGAGGGAAGAUCUGGGCAAGGCAACUGCUGCAACUUCCCAGACCUGGGAUCUCUUAAAGAGCAGUGCAGAAAACACCAGCACAGAGCUCCAAGUGCUGGGCAGAGGCCUGGAAGGUGCCCAGACCGAGAUCCAGGUGCUGAGGGUGGGGCUGGAGGUGGCCAAUGCCCAGGCUCGAUUGGCAAACAGCAGCUUAGAGAAUGCCCAUGCUGAAAUUCAUAUUUUGAGAAGCCAUCUGGAGACUGUUGAUGACUUAAGGACCCAGGAUCAGGUUUUAAGGAGCAGUUUGGUGGUAGUCCAGGCUGAGAUCCAGAAGUUGAGGGUGAAUGUGCAGAGCGAAAAUGCUCUCAGCUCCCAGACCCAGAGCCUCCUCCAAGGCAGUGUGUACAACACCAGCAUUGAGAUCCAGGCCCUGAGAAGUCAUCUGAAAAAGACUGGUGAUGAGAUGAACUCCUUAAAGAAAGAUCUAGAAACAGUUACUGCUCAGACCCAAAGGGCAGAUGGUCACCUGCAGCAGACAGAUGCCCAGAUCCGGAUGUUAAAAGCUGAGCUGGAAAGUGCCAAUUCCAUAAACUCCCAAAUUGAGGCGAAGACCCAGUCACUGCAGAGCAACCUGCGGAAGGCCGAGGCUGAGGUGCAGAGGUUAAAGACAGAUCUGGAGGCCACCAGAACUCUCACUGCCCAGAUCCAAGAGGAGCAAAGUCGUCUGGGGGCCUUGCACACUGCUGUGGCAUCACAGGAGCAGCUACAGAGAAACCAGAGUCAGCUUCUCCAGCUGGUCCUACAGGGCUGGAAGGCAUUCAGGGGAAACCUGUAUUACUUUUCCCAUGUCAAGAAAUCCUGGAAUGAGGCUGAGCAGUUCUGUGUGUCCCAGGGAGCACACCUGGCAUCGGUGACCUCUCAGGAGGAGCAGGAGUUCCUGGUUCAUUUCACCAGUACCAUGUAUCACUGGAUCGGCCUCACUGAUUGGGGCACUGAGGGCAAUUGGCGCUGGGCAGAUGGAACACCAUUUAAUGGUGUCCAGAGCAGAGGGUUUUGGGAAAAAAAUCAGCCUGACAACUGGCGACAUGGGAAUGGAGAGUUUGAAGACUGCAUCCAUAUGAAGCAGCUAUGGAACGACAUGGAGUGCAGGGUUGCUUACCACUGGGUGUGCAAGAAGUCCACAGGAUAGGCUGUGGCUUGAGCUGGCCAGACCUGAGGUGUUCUCCCUCAGAGACUCAAACCCUAUGCAUGGAUUCCCAUUGGCCUUCUUUUUGUCCUGCCCUGUCCCUUUGUCCAACUGUUUCAAACAUGUUUAUCUCUUGUGUGCUCCCAUGGCUUGAUGGGUCCUUAAGGAUGAGCCCUGUGUGCCUCUGUUUCCCCUCAGCAGCCUGCACAGUUCUGCCAGGCCAGAAUUUCAAUAAAUACUCACUGAAAAAAAAAA